AUGCCCGGAAUUAAGGUCUUUCACGUCACCGCGCUGGCGACCCUCCUCCUCUCGUCUGUGUUGUUGAGCAUAGCGGCUCAAGACACGUGCACCACCAGUAGUCAGCCAAAUCCCAUCGCACAACAGUAUCCAAACGACGCGACAGGGACCCUCAACACAACACUGGCGAUAGUACCAAUACCUCUUUCUACUGCGAGGAGCAUUAUACCUUCACAGCAUGCCAUCCUCGAGGGUGCAUAUAGGAGCUUAAUGCCCGACUUCCCAGCGGACAUGUACCCUGUGCUUGUGACAGCCGGACUGGACCACGAUAUCCAGCUAGCUGCUCUCAGCAUCAAUGUCCAGGAUUUCCAGCGCUUUGGAUGGUCAUUCCCCUUCAUAGACCUACUUGGCGAUGGCUAUUCAUCAUUUACGAUGGCGCCAGCUCAGAUGAUCAGCGCCGACAACCAGGUGGCGAUCAAUGGCUCCCGAGCCUACGGCACGACAGUUUACCCGUCUAAAUUCGAGCCUGGGUGCGAAGCCUAUGCACGGUUACCGAGUGGCUCAACCUACUUCAAAGGUCAAGCUGCGGACGACUCCGGCAAAUACGUCACGCUGGAGUUCUCACCCCUCGACCAAGGGACGACCAACCCUUUCCCCGUCGAGGUCUACCAAAACAUCACAAACCAGCCAAUCUUCGCCAAUGGCACUCAGUGCGAUCGGCAAGUACGGCUGUUCAAUUCGACUAUUAAUGAGGGCCAGUGGGCACCAGCGCCGGUAAAAGGUACGGUGUUCUCGAACCUGGAGCCUUUGAGUGACACGGAGGGACUGGGAGAAGUUUUUGGAAUUCUGGUUGAUACCCCUUUUAUUGAGUUUAACAUGCUGGAUUGCACAACGUUGAAAGGAUACUCUGGCACUGGGCCUGGAGACUAG